AUGACUAUGAAAUGGUGGAUCAGUGAGGAUGCAUCUAUCCCUCCAUUGAGGACAAUUCGGAGAACAAUCCAUGUUAUCUACUACCCUAAAUAUCCUAAAGCGCCCCAGUUCAACACAAAGAAAAGCAAAGAUCUGCAACUAACAUUGGACCAAUUUUCCGUUCCUGGCGGUUGGUUCCAUGAUAGAGCAUUUGGGCCAGAGCUUCUCAUCUUCUCUCGGACAUAUUUCAAAUAUCACGAUGCUUAG